AUGACUCGUGGACAGGUGAAUCCAGAAAUAACUAUAAGAAGAAACGGAGUCCCAAAUUAUAUCAAAUUUAUAAAAAACUCCUACCCUUUUGAAGAAGCCUUUCCUGUUCAAGAGAAUUAUUUGAGAGAGUAUCUUGACUACCUUGCUCAAAAAGUUGAAGCGGGCGAACUACAGGCUAGGAAUGCGAAACUAUACAUAACAAAUAUUAAGGCGCAUAAUAGAGCUCUUCGCUUUAGUUGGACUUUUGAUGCUAUUACAAAAGAAGCUUUGGAUUCGCUAGAACGGGGAUCCACAACCGUUGCUAAUUUGGGUCACUCCUCACUCAAUUCUUCAUCUAUUAUUAAUUUCCCAGAUGUCACAACCGAUAUUAAUAUUGAUUAUGUUAAUCAAAUUAAUGUCUCACCAAAUAACGAUAAUAACUUUACUUAUAUGAGUCCUUAUGACGCACGUCUCUUUCUCCCAUCUGGAAUUAACGCUCCGCGUAUCGUUCCUUUUCCCACCGGCGUUGACUCUUACGCCCGACCAACGCAUUUACGAUCUGACCAAUUUAAUACACAUGUUAACAUUUCUUAUAAUCCGGAUGCCCGUUCCUCUUUAUUAUCUGACACUGCUAAUUCUUUCUCCAACCAGUUGUCUAAUCCUUAUAUCAGUGCGCAAGAAUUAGCAAAUCAAAUUUUCGAUGUGCAAGAACAAGUUUCUGAUGUACAAAGAAAAAUUAAUUAUUUACUUAAUUUAAUCGCAUAUGCCUCAUAA